UCCGGAUGCGCGAGCUCAGUUGGCAAUAGAACUCCUAACGUCUAACAAACUGCCAUUGGUGUAUAGGCAUAUCUUAAGAUUGAAUUUUACAAAACGAGAGAAGAAACCGAAUUCAACACAACAUGGAAGAAGGCGAGACUGUGACGAUACUGUCCAGGAAAGAGAUGCGGAAGCAGAAGUUGAUGGAAUACUUGGCAGCAAAAGGAAAGCUCAAACAACCCAACCCAAGGCCAUACCUCCGAGAUGACUGUCACAUUAAGAAGCCUGCAACAUCUGCACUGAAGAUUAUCAAGGAAAAGGAGAACACAGCUCCAGCUGACAAAGUUAAAAAUGAAUGCACAGAAAUCCCAAAUCCAACUUCUCAAGCCACACAAAAACCCAACAGAGGAACAUUUGGUGUUAUUUACAAAGUGAAUGUAAAGGGCAGCAUUCUGAACGGACGGCAGAAUACUUAUUCAUCUUCCACCAGAGUCCCUGCACAGCCAAAACCUAAUCGACCCCCUUCACUCAUAGGAAUGUACACUGCUACAUCCUCCAAAUCCAAUUUUAAUUCAGUCAGCCAUCAGAAAAAGAAGCCAAACACUGGAAUGCUAACUUCCAACAGAACCUAUUCAAAUGUAGCUGGCACAGCUGCAGCAAAACCUAACAGCAGACUCAGCAGUAAGUCAAGUGCUGCUCUGUUACGUCCAGUGAGGACAGCCAGUGUCAGGAUGAGUCUUGGUCCAGUUGUCCAGACUAAAACUGGACUCAUUCCUGCAGUGACCCAACCAAGACACAGUCUAAGUCAAACUUCAACACAUUCCUCUGCCCUAUCAGCUGCAAUCUCCACCAUCACCGCUAUUUCUGGUGGUAACAAGAUGCGAUCAUGCUCCUCAUCAGUGUCCACUUCCCAGAGAAAAACUCCUCCUAUCAAUGCUCCAAAAACCUCUGUGAAAGAGCAAACAAGUCUUACUUCAACUGUAAGAGCUACACUAAAAGUUCAAGAUCAGAACAGGGCUAACGCUAAACCACUUGUUGGUAAAGAGUCUCAGUCAUAUUUUCAGAAUCAACCAAGUGCACUGAAAACAAUGUCCAUCUCCUCUGGGAGCACAGCAGCUGCAAAUAAGUCUGAGGGGAGAGCAGGGAUGCCAAAACUUAAUAAAUUGAACUGUCAACCUGCAGACAUUUUUUCACAGAAGCAAUCUGAUGUUGAGGGGAAGAAAACGGGCCAACCAUGUAAAGUCACCUCCAGAACAUCCUCUGGUCCAGCAAGCAGGUGCAGCUCCAGACCUGCCAGUAAGGUUAUGCGACCUGCUUUGAAUGAGCUGGAAAAGAAAUCCAAGUCAUGUAAAGAGACCGAUGGAAAGAAGGGACACAAUGCAGUCAAUGCCCCUGAAACAAAAGCAGAUAUUAGAAAAACAGGUGCUCCAGUUGUAUCACAGACAGCACCACAGCCUGUCAGGGCCAUCAGCUUCACAGGCCAGGCCAGAAAGACACCAAAGAUCCCAGUGAGGGUCAUUCCACAGACGGAGGGGAAGAAACUGACUGCGGUCCAGGAGGAGAGAAUGAGAAAAUUACAGGAGUGGAGAGAAGCCAGGGGAAUUUCCUAUAAGCGUCCUCCAAUGCCAGUGAGACCUCAGGUGAGGCGCACCGUGGCUGUGCCCCAACCUUUCUGGGCCACUAUGACAGAAGAAGACGAGGCCCACUCCCUCAUUUCUGCUGUUGACAGAUCACUGGCUGAUUGCAUCAAACUGCUGGGCAAGGGUUGCCCUUCAGACCAGGUGAAGGAGGUUCUCUCAAAGCUGCCAGCAGUGUCCCACAAGUUUGCCAAGUACUGGAUUUGUCAGGCUCGUCUGAUGGAGCAGGAGGGUAAUCUGGAUGUCCUGCCAAUGUUUGAAAAAGCUGUUGGUCUUGUGUUGGAACCAGUGGAUGAGCUGCGGACUGUGGUGUUUGAGAUUCUGAAGAAAAGGGAUGAGACCCAAGAGAAAGAGGACCAGAUUUCAGCUGGUGAAAGCACUCCUGAGACUGACAACAACCCCAUGAUGACUCCUAAACCUGUCAGAGCCCUCAUCUGUGGGGAGAAAGGAGACUCAUCUGUGGUCAAGUACAAGAUCACAGCAACUCCUGGUGGCCCUCCCAGCCAAAAGAAGGAACCAGCACGAGUCAAUGGCCAGGAGGUUCGCUUCUUCACCCCUGUAAGACGCUCAGUGCGUAUUGAGAGAGCCUCACUCCGAUACCCCACGUCCCUCCAGGACCAUGAUCUGUGCGUGGCCUCCUACAACGACCUGAUCUCUGAGGAGGAGAAUGAGAGAAGUGAAGAACAGAAGAAUGGGGAAUCCAGCCCAUCUGCUGACAAAACGCCAAUGUAUGUCUACAGACAGAACGAGGCACUUAAAGACAAGGUGGUUGUCCAGCUGGUCUGUGAUGAGGAUGUUUAGCAUAAGAUGCCAUCUUUAUCUCAAGCUAAGGGUUAAGACAAAAUUGAUAUUUAGAAUGUACCACUAUUCAAUGACUGAAAAGGUCACAGGUAUGUUUAUACUAAACCAAUGGCAAAUCAGUCACUAAAUUUACAAAGUCGUGGAGUUUUGGCCAUGUAAACACUUGGGUGGUUAUUUGUGAUGAACUGUUUCUUUGACCUUGUGGUAUUAUUUUACUUCUAAAAAAUGUGUUGUACAUAGUAGUGUAAAAUAAAUGUUUUUUAUUUCAA